AGGUGUGAAAACCCUCAGAAGUCAUUAGAGUGUGAUACACACACCAAUACACGCGCGCAGGCACGCAUACCGAGGCAUGUGCUCCAAUCCGAGCCAUUCAUCAUCAUCCAUCGCGGGGCCUAAACACGCAAUAAAAAUAAAUGCUAGGAAAACGGCAUAGGCUUACGUGCACACAUACCGUCAAAUAUAACGUAUGUUAAAUUCAAAUUCAAUACUUGCCGGUUGCAGCUGAAAAGAGAAAGGAAGAAGUGGAGAGACCGAUAGAGAGAGUGCGAGCGAGGCAAACCCCCUUGCGAGAACAGUUACAAACUAGAGAUGCGCAAUGUUUUAUCCAAACUCAAGAAAAUUUUAAAAUUUCAAAUUUAAUUUAACAAAAAAAUACAAAUUUAACGAUUUUUCUCAAUAAAUUUCGUUGCUUUAUCAACUACAAAACUAAAUUUAUCCAAAUACGUGAGGAAAACCCGAAAUAUUUAAUAAGGACAAAUUCGCGUAGUGUUUUUAUUUUCAACACCGGGCAACCUUGGUAAUUUCCAAUCCCAUUUACCUGUCUUGAAAGGUAGUCCAGGUAUAAAUCGUGACACGGAUAAGCACGCCUCACGAGCGCACCUUUAUUACAAACGCAGCGGCAACAACAAAAACAGCGAAACGGCGACGACGGCGGCAGAGGCAGCGCAGCUUUUUAACCUUAGCUGCCUUCGCACUUUUUUGUCAUUCAAUCGUUGCCCAAACGCUGCUCACCUCACACCUCCACCUCUACCGCCGCCUUCGCUGCUCGCAUUUUAUUAGUUAUCGAAUAAAUAUUGGCCGCAACGCAAAAGGCCAAAAGAUACGCGGCGCUGCGAAAGAAAUAAAAGCUUUAAAUCACAUGUGAUCCGCGCCGGCCCAUGUGCAAGCGAUUCUUGUGAGCGUGUCGAGUGCGAGUGUAUGUGGAAGUGAGUGACUGACCCAUUUUGGCAUCGCCGGCGCGAGACUUGCGACGUUCUGUUCUCACGCCCACGCCACGCCGCACCGCCGCACUGAAUCCACUCGCGCCUGGCAGACGCUUCUAAAAUGAGCAGCAUCACGUUUUUGUGCAGCAAGUCGAGCCACAACAACAAUAGCGAUGUCCAAAAGGGGAAGCAGGCGUCAUCGGUCUUUGCAUCGGCGCCCGCCGGUUUACUAACCAUCGCCACCCACCAACAGCAACACCAACACCAGCAGCAACAACAACCACAGCAGAAGUCAAAGGUUAAGGCUACAGCAGCAGCAGCCAAAACCAAUGGUCACAUCGAUGACCGGUCAGAUGUCACGGAACAGCUUUAUGUGGAUCCAUACGCUGACCUGGGUAAUGGUUUGCCCGGGGAUCUUAACUGCUGCCCGGCCUCGCCCACCACAGUGCCUGCCAAAGCGUCGCUGGAGUCGCCAUUGAAACGCUCUGGCCGGAGACAGCGAACCACGUCGAUUGGCAACCAAACCACCACCGCGAAUCCGUCCGAAUGCAUCAUACGCGCCAAUAAUCGUACGAUCUACACGGCCGGACGUCCGCCGUGGUACAAUUGUGCCGGCCAGCAGGUUGAGCCCUUUGUCAUAGGAAUCUGCGGAGGAAGUGCUUCUGGCAAGACCACAGUGGCAGAAAAAAUCAUCGAGAGCCUAGAUGUGCCCUGGGUGACACUCUUAUCCAUGGACUGUUUCUACAAGAUCCUUAAUGAAAAGCAGCAUGAGCAGGCCCUGAUCAAUGAAUACAACUUCGAUCACCCGGAUGCCUUUGACAUUGAGCUGUUGCUGGAUGUGCUCACCAAACUUAAGGAGGGACGCAAAGUCGAGGUUCCCGUGUACAAUUUCGUAACACAUGGACGCGAGAGCCAGACAAAAACUAUGUACGGUGCGAAUGUUAUCAUCUUUGAGGGCAUCCUCACAUUCCACAGUCCCGAGGUGCUCAAGCUGCUGGACAUGAAGAUCUUUGUGGACACAGAUCCGGAUAUUCGUCUGGCUAGAAGGCUGAAAAGGGACAUCUCACAACGCGGGCGCGACCUAAGGGGCGUUCUAAAGCAAUACCUGAACAUGGUGAAGCCGUCGUAUGCUAAUUACAUAGCCCCCACUAUGGCCCAUGCUGAUAUCAUUGUUCCACGCGGAGGAGAGAACAAGGUGGCCAUCCAUCUCAUCGUCCAGCACGUGCACACACAGCUCCAGCUGCGUGGAUUCAAGCUGCGCGAAACGCUGGCCAACUCAUACAAGGACCAGCCCAUGCCACAUUCUCUGCACCUGUUGCAUCCCACUCCCCAGAUCAAGGGGCUGCACACGUUCAUCCGCUGCCGGAAUACGUCCCGCGAUGAGUUCAUCUUCUACUCGAAGCGCCUGAUCCGUCUGGUCAUCGAGUAUGCCCUCAGUUUGUUUCCAUUCAAGACAACCACAGUGGAGACGCCCCAGGGUGUCCAUUAUGAGGGAAAGCGAAUGGAAUCGCGCAAGAUCUGUGGAGUGUCCAUCCUUCGGGCUGGCGAAACUAUGGAGCAGGCCGUGUGCGACGUUUGCAAGGACAUACGUAUCGGCAAGAUCCUUAUCCAGACCAAUUUGAAGACCGGCGAACCGGAGCUCUAUUACCUGAGGCUGCCCAAAGACAUAAAAGACUACAAGGUGAUACUAAUGGAUGCCACCGUGGCCACCGGAGCCGCAGCAAUGAUGGCCAUACGGGUGUUGCUGGAUCACGAUGUGCCCGAGGAGAACAUCAUCCUGGCCUCGCUACUGAUGGCGGAGAUCGGUGUGCACUCCAUUGCCUAUGCCUUUCCAAAGGUGAAAAUUGUUACUUCCGCUCUGGAUCCGGAGAUUAAUAGUAAGUUUUAUGUUAUACCCGGCAUUGGUAACUUUGGCGAUCGCUACUUCGGUACGGAACCCUCGGACGAGUACUGAGGAGGACGUAGCUAAACAUCCACGUCACUGGAAGCAAGCAGCAUGUUUCUAAUGUACCCUAGGUUAAGUUCAAAGCGUUACUUAAAUUAUGAAUUCGGAA